CCUUUGCGAGGAUCGGGCAGCGGCGUGGCCGGAGACAGGCGAAUCCUAGUUAGCCCAGGACAGACAAACGACGUAGCAGACGCUUGAGGCAUCUCAAGUUACUCCGAGCCCAAUCAAAGGAGCAAAACGCCGACAGGCUACAGUCGCGUUAGAUUUGAGCUCUGGUACGCUGCACCGGGGCAAUCAGUAGUAGCUGCCGGUACACACGACACACCGGGGUGAAAACUCACUGCCAGUGAGGCGAGGAGGGAGGAAAGAAACAAGCAGAGAGAGGAAACCGAAAGCUUAAAAAAGAGGAAUUCUUGAGGGGGAGGAGGGCGCCAUGAUGGCAGGUGUGGUGUGCUAGCGGGCUAAAGGGAGGAGUGGAGGACACUACUGAUUAGUGAUGGGCAAAAGGGGAUGGAGAUGGAUUGAUAGGUAGCCUUUUUGCUCUUAACCUUUCUUGCAUCCUGUCUUCGCUAACUCUGGGUCUGGGAGGAGACGAUUGGUAGACUGUGAUUGAGCUGGGAUGCGAGUGAGGUGUGCACAAAAGCGCCGUUCACAAAUCACAACUAAACUUCAGAAGGUCAAAAGUCGUCUCAGUUUGCCUUCUCUGAAGAUACAGGCUUGUUCAUAAGAUAACCAUGGAAGAAUUCAAGAUUGGAAGGCUGGAUGGUCAGCCGACAAAGAUCAGAAACGUCCCCAUUGCGGUCACCCCGGAAGGAUUCUGGUGCUGCCCAUCACAGGCCGCUCUCCACAAGACAACAAAGAACCCAAACCAGCAGGGCAGACCUAGAGGUGGAGCAUCCCCUGCUGUGUCAAAGGCCUCCUGGGUUCAGAGGACGCCAACCAUUUCUUCGGAGAAGAGGGCACAUUCUACUCCUACCAGGUCUAGAACCAAUUCAGAUGAACAAGUAUGCCCCCCUGCAGAUGCUUCUGCUGCCCCUGAUCUACCAAAGGUAGCACCGGCACCCGAGAAGCGACCAAAGCAACAUAAGAUCUCCGUCGGAUUUGGGCAGCUUGGCACAAGUGAUCUGAAGGUUGUGCUGUAUGGCAAGGAAGGGGUUGCUGUGAAGAUGAUUGUUCACAAGAACAUCCUUGCUGAAAGUAGUACUUUUUUCGCCGAUAGGCUCUCCAGGCAAUCUCCAGUGUCGUGCAUUGAGGUAUCAGAUUGUGAGGAUGUGGAGAUUUAUGUUGAGACUGUUGGGUUGAUGUACUGCAAGGAUGUCAAGCUGAGGCUGAUCAAGCAAAAUGUUCCACGAGUUCUUCGAAUCUUGAAGGUCGCAGAAUCAAUAGGCUUCCGUGCAUGCAUCAUGUCAUGCUUAGAUUACCUGGAAGCAGUUCCUUGGGUUGGCGACGAGGAAGAAAAUGUCGUGUCAUCCAUACGACAACUGCACGAUGAGAAUCAUAGGGUUAACCCCUUACUGAAAAGAGUGACAUCUGAACUAAAAAAUCCGCCAAACGACACGCUUGCACAUAUCAUUGAAUUGGUGCUAAAGAGCAGUGAGGACAGAGGACGCCGCGAGAUGAAAUCUUUGGUCCUGAAGCUCUUGAAGGAGAACAGUAUCUGCACCAAUGCUUCAGCAGACUCCUGUGUCAUGACCUUGUACAGUUCUUGCCGGGAUUGCCUGGAAUCCUUACUGACUUUGUUUCACCAAGCCUCUGAUCCGGAAUUUGCUGAACAAUCUUCGGACCACAAGGAAUUGGUCUUCCGAAAGAUCACUUUGGAGGCAGAUAACCUACUAUGGUUAGCUGAGAUAUUAUCAGACAGGAACGCAGCCGAUGAGUUGACAGUCAUCUGGGCCAGCCAAGCCGAGCUGGCCAAACUUCACAGCAAGAUACCGGUCAUGCACCGGCACCUCAUGAGCUGCGUCACCGCAAGGCUCUUCGUCGCCAUUGCGAAAGGCGAGGCUCUGCCAUCGAAGGGGACGAAGCGGCUUCUGCUGGACGUCUGGCUGCAUCCUCUCAUGGACGACUACAACUGGCUGCAGCACGGCUGCAGGUGGUUUGACAGGAAGGUGGUCGAGGACGGGAUCGGGCAGACCAUCCUGACGCUGCCAUUGGAGGACCAGCAGGCGGUGCUGCUCGCAUGGCUGGGCAGGUUCUUGAAGGUCGGGGACAGGUGCCCGAACCUUCAGAGGGCGUUCGAGGUGUGGUGGAGGAGGACCUUCGUCAGGCCUUACACUGAGCAGCAGGGGAGCUCGUCGUCCCGAUCAGGGCGACACUGAUCAUCGAACGUUGCUAAUAAAUGUAGUGUGUGAAGUUGGUUGCAACUUACAAGGUAGCAAGUACUUAGUGAUAAUGAUUUUCGACAAGGUUGUAAGAGACUUUACUUAGGAGAUGUUGGAGAAGAGAGAAGUUUUGGGUGUUGCUUUCUAACUGAGGGUGUGUGUCACUGUGUUGGUUGUGCUUGUGCUGUAAUGCUUUGAGAUAUAAAAAAACUCUCUGAAUUCUUGGCACAGAAAUCAUCCUUCUGCGAUUUACUACUUGUGAGUGAACAGAAUUCAGGAGUAACAGUUGUAGUUUGUGGGUUAUGACAAAGGAUUUUGCUGAGGUGCACGUA